AGAACAGAACCAGGGGAAGGUUAGGAAGAUGUUUAAUCCUCCGGCUCUGCUGGGAAGAACCACGCUGAGCUCUUUUGUGAAGAAUACUUGUUGAUGGAGGCACUCAUGCAUUCCCUGCUGCUGCACGCACUUUUUGCAGCAAAUGUAUUCUGGCCUGAGCUGUCAGGUGCAACUGCCACUAAAACAAAAGCACAAGUCACCAACAACUCAGGCGUGACCCCGGCGGGCCAGUGUGGAACCUGGGUGAAGGACCCCGACGGAGGGCGUUUUACGUCCCCCAACUACCCGGAGAAGUACCCGCCUGAGCGGGAGUGUGUGUACAUCAUAGAGGCCUCUCCCCGCCAGUGCAUCGACUUGUUCUUCGACGACAAGUAUUCCAUCGAGCCGUCCUGGGACUGCAAGUUUGACCACAUCGAGGUGCGCGACGGCCCCUUCGGCUUCUCCCCCAUCAUCGGACGCUACUGCGGCCAGGAGAGCCCCUCCUACGUGCGCUCCAGCGGGAGGUACCUCUACAUCAAGUUUGUGGCCGACGGCGAGCUGGAGGCCAUCGGCUUCUCCGCCCGAUACAACUUCACUCAAGAUCCUGAGUUCAAAGGCGUUGGAGAGCUGCCGGCACUGCCGUUCUGUGAGUUUGACCUGAGCGGCCCUGAAGGCUACGUGGAGUCCGCUCAGAUCAGCAGGGAGAAGCGAGCCCUGCAGACCGAGGCCGUGGACUGCAGGUGGCAUAUCCACGCCCCCCCAAAAGCUAAGAUCUACAUGCGCUUCCUGGAGUACGAGAUGCACAACUCCAACGAGUGCAAGCGUAACUUUGUGGCCAUCUACGACGGCAGCAGCUCGGUGGAGCACCUGAAGAACAAGUUCUGCUCCACCGUGGCCAACGAGGUGAUGCUCACCUCCUCCGUGGGCGUGGUGCGGCUCUGGGCCGACGAAGGGAGCAGGAAAAGCAAGUUCAAGAUCCUCUUCACGACCUUCCUUGACCCUCCGUGUGAAGGAGAUACUUUCUUUUGCCACAGCAACAUGUGCAUCAACCACACCUUGGUCUGCAACGGCAUCCAGAACUGUGUCUACCCCUGGGACGAGAACCACUGCAAAGAGAAGAGGAAGCCCAGCAUACUGGACUCUCUGGACCACACCAACCUCACCAUCAUCGGGGUGACCUGCAGCCUGGUGGUGGUCCUGCUGGUCAUCUCUGUCAUCAUCCAAGUCAAACAGCCUCGCAAGAAGUACAUCAUCCGCAGAGAUGACUUUGACCCCGCCCUCCUCCACCCGGGUCUGGAGCCCCCCCACUACGAGCUGUGCACGUUGCGACACGUCCCGUCGGGCGACCUGACCGACGCCGCCGUGGCGGAGGAGUUCGACAAGUCCCACAAGCUGCGCCGCUCCUCCUCCAAGUGCAUCCGCGACCACCACUGCGGCUCCCAGCAGGGCGGCAGCGUGCACGGCAGCCGCAGCAGCCUCGGCCUGAGAGAGGCCGCCGUGGCGGACCCGGAGGGGGCCGCCGCGCACCUCAAUCAGCUGCCCCCGGGGAUGGCCGGCCAGCAGUCGCCGCGGCUCGCCCGCCACGCCACCCCGGCCGCUCACAGGAACAUCCUGGUGAUGAAGCACAGCUACUCCCAGGAUGGCGGCGAGGGCUACAGAGGCGAGGAUGACGAUCUGAUGAUGGAUGACGCUCCAACCACCAGCCGCCACCACAACUACCAUCUUCACGGCAUGGAGCACGCCGUCCAUCGUACUCUGUCCAACGACUUCUGAUGUGUCACUACCUCCUUACACACUCUAAACUGAUAUGCAAAUUAUAUACAUAUAUAUAUUUAUUCCCCCCCCCCCCUCUCAUUUGAGUAAACAAGCCGAUAUUAAAGUUUAGCUAUUGUAGAAUCAAUUUCAAAAAGGUUUUAACUACAACAACAACAAAAAUAGAUUAUCUUAUGCACUCCAAGCUCAAAACAAGCCAGUUAUUAAAAAGUAUUGUGAUGAUUUAGGAAUGUAGGCUCACACCACGCCUUUCUUUGUCUCGUCUUUAUUGCACAAGAUGUGCAAUUCAACCACGCAACUCCAAUGUUUUUUUUAACUUAUUUUUUUAUGGAACCACAAACAUACACACAAACAUCAAGGAAAGAAAACAAAAGCUAAUACAGAUAGAUUAUUAAUACUAACAAAUAAAAAUACAACAAAAAAGGCAACCUAAAUCACUUUAAAUGUUUUAACAAGGUUAUCAAUUUAAGGGAUUUUGUACACCUAAUUAUUCUCCGAGAUUUGAUUGAUAAUUAUAACUCAUUAAGCCAAUUACAAAAUGUAGGCCUAACUUUCAUAAAUCAACAUUUAUGCAGCUCUGCGAUGAGGGCGACUUGUCCAGGGUGUACACCACCUUCCGCCGAUUGUAGCUGUGAUAGGCACCAGCGCCCCCCUGCGACCCCAAAGGGAAUAAGCGUUAGGAAAUGGAAGGACAUUUAUGUAGAAAAACAACUCCCGGCAAUAUUUUUUUAUAAUAUAUUUUUUAUAAACCUUUAUUUUAAAAUUGCAACAUUUACAAACAGUUGAGAAAUAAUAAUCAAAAUAAGUACAAAACACUCUCAAACGCCUAACUUCCUGUCAAACAACGUCACGUACUUAUCUUCCCCGGAAGUCCCGCCCCCCAGCCAAUGUGCUGUCCAUUUUAACAUCAUAUAAUUAUGUUUUAAAAGCCGGUGCAGCCAGCUAAAUUAUACUUUUUUAUGUAAUGGUGAAAGCCAAUCAUGUCGAAAAAUGAAAUUUUUGAUAAAUCAAUUACAAGUCGUGUUUCUUCCCCAACUGGCAGGGCGGUAAUGUCUGCAAGGGGCGGAACUUGUGUCAGAUCGGAAUAAUUUUAGUGGUGCACUCAAAGGUCAAACAAUCCAGUUAUUAAAAAGCGCGCGCCGUGCAUUCUAACAUCAUAUAAAUAUAUUUUAAAAGACGGCGCGUCCGGCUAAAUUAUCCGUUAUUGUGUUUUAGAUGAAAGUCUGUCAUGUCGGAAAAUUACCUUUUUUUAAUAAAACCAGUACAAGUCGUGUUUCUUAAUGUCUGCGAAGGGCGAAACUUGUGUCGAGUCGGAAUGAUUUUGGUGAUGCACUCAAUGGUCAAAACAACCCAGUUAUUAAGACGCAUGCGCCGUGAAUUCUAACAUCAUAUAAUCAUGUUUUAAAAGUCUGCUAAAUUGUCUGUUUUUAUGUAUUGGUUGAAAGCCUAUCAUGUCGAAAAAUCAAAUUUUUAAUGAGUCGAUUACAAGUCGUGUUUCUUCCUCAACUGGCAGGGCGGAAAUGUCUUCGAGGGGGCGGAACCUGUGUCAAGUCGGAAUGUUUUUGGCAGUGCACGCAAAUGUAAAACAACCCGGUUAUUACAAAAUACGCGCCGUGCAUUUUAACAUCAUAUAAUUAUAUAAGUAUAUCAUGUCGAAAAAUGACUUUUUUUUAAUAAAGCUUUAUUUUUCAAAUUGCAACAUUUAAAAACAAUUAAGAAAUAAUAAUCAAAAUAAGUACAAAAAAGCGCCAGGGGGUUGUAAACUCAAUAAAGUAACGUAAUUACAAUGAAAUAUAUAUAUAUGUAACAAAUUGCAAAGCCAUAGGCUAAAAAAACACAUUUUUUAAUAAAUCGACUACUGGUCGUGUUGAGGGCGGAACAUUCUGCGAGGGGGCGGACCUUGUGUCAAGCCGGAAUGAUUUUGGCGGUGCACUCAAAGGUCAAAACAACCCAGUUAUUAAGACGCAUGCGCCGUGAAUUCUAACAUCAUAUAAUCAUGUUUUAAAAGUCUGUUAAAUUGUCUGUUUUUAUGUAUUAGUUGAAAGCCUAUCAUGUCGAAAAAUUAAAUUUUUAAUGAGUUGAUUACAAGUCGUGUUUCUUCCUCAACUUUGGGGUCAUGAUUGAUACGGUUUUUUUGUUAACGCUAUAUUAUAAAAAAUAUAACGAUAUAUUGUAAAAAUACAGACGUUUUUUAACGUUUUUUUUAACGCUAUAUUGUAAAAAAAAAGAAAAAAAAAUUACAAACACAAGCUAUGGGAUGACGUAAGAGGAAACGUAAAGAAACGUGACCCCGGAAGUAAAUGUGUCAUCCCAUAGCUUGUGUUUGUAAAUUGUUUUUUGAA